AUGAAGCGUCACAACCUUUGGAAGAAUAACACAAUAAGGUGGGAAAAAAUAAUGGAAAGUUCAGCUUCACCAAAUGGUUCAUUUACUAGUGCCAUGACACUUACUGAAGAGGAACUAACCUGUGUUCCCAAGCGUUAUAUCCUUCCACCAUCCUUACGGCCCAAUAGUACCUUGCAUAACACAUGCUUGCCAAUUGUGGAUCUAUCUUAUCUGCACCACCCUCAUCUUCGAUCUCAGAUAAUUCAGGAAGUACACCUGGCUUGCAAGAAAUUUGGUUUCUUCCAGGUAAUUAACCAUGGAAUCCCAAUGUCAGUCAUGAAAGAUGCCAUAGAAGUUGCGAGUGAAUUCUUCAAUUUACCAACUGAAGAGAAAAGACAUCUCUUGUCUUCAAAUGUUCAUGACCCCGUAAGAUAUGGUACCAGUCUAAAUCAUGUCAAAGACAAAGUAUACUUUUGGAGAGACUUCCUCAAGCACUAUGCUAAUCCAACCUCAACUUGGCUCGACUUUUGGCCAUCAAAUCCCACAAGUUACAAGAAUAAAAUGGGAAACUACACCGUGGAAGCACAAAAGUUGCAAGAAGGACUCAUGAAAAUGAUAUUUGAGAGCUUAGGACUAAACAGUAAUUACUUACAUGAAGACAUUACAGAAGGUUCCCAGGUCAUGGCAGUUAAUUGCUAUCCAGCAUGUCCUGAGCCAGAGCUUACUCUAGGAUUGCCACCACAUACAGAUUACGGUAUGCUAACGAUCAUUCUUCAAAACCAUCUGGGCUUACAAACCAUGGAUCGAGAUGAAAAGUGGCAUUCAGUUCCACUCAUUGAAGGGGCUCUCAUUGUUCAAUUGGGAGAUCAAAUGGAAGUAUUGAGCAAUGGUAGAUACAAAAGUGUUCUUCAUCGAGCAACAGUUAACUCAGAAAUAAAGCGCAUUUCAAUUGCAAGCCUUCAUAGUCUAGCUUUAGGUAAAAAAGUUAGACCUGCAUCCGAGCUUGUCAAUGAACAACAUAUCUUAUCCUAUAAAGAAGGAGGCUUCAGUGAUUUUCUAGAUUUCAUUUCUGGAGAAGAUAUCGUAGAAGCUAAGUAUAUAGACAAAUUAAAAAUAAACUCAUGAAGAUUAUGAGAAAUGAAACAGUAGAGCAAAGCAUACAAGAAAUCUCUUCUUUAACAAAUUCUAUGCCGCACAACCUCUGUAUCCGUACUGUUUAAAUACACACGCACAUAACUAGUAAUUAUUUGUUCUAAUACUAAUAUCAAUCGUGAGGGUCUCUUCAUUCUUCAUGUACAAGAUCUCACUGUGAUAAAUAAAUUUUGAAACAAAGUUUAUCAGUUCAUUUAUUUUUAAGUACAGAUUUCAUUUUGAUAGAUUUAUGAAAGCAUGAUUUGUCAACACCAUAUAAAUAAAUUAUCGAAAUCCUUAUUCAGCCAAUGUUUUACCUCAGUUGGCUAACACCAGACUUCAGCACAUAGAUGUUACAAGCUGAAAAUUUUAAGUUUUUUCUUCAAAUAGCAGAAAAUUCAAUACAUUCAUCACACUAAAGCAUUCAAGUUGUUUAAAAGGUAUUCAUGCUUACUCCUAAUGUAAAUCAUAUCACAUUCAUCUCUAGUACACAUGUUUAAUUUUUUAUUGACAGUAAAUUGAUAAGGAGAAUUCAUUAAGAUCUUAAACUAAUUAGAUCUGCAAAGCCACUAGGAUGAUUUACCAUUAUAAAGUAUAUACAGAUACAACCAGCUUCAACAAUAUUUGUUUUGUACAUGUAGCUCGCAAAUUAACCAGCAUAACAAUAAUUUAGUAUUAUAAUCUUUUUCCCUUUUUCUUUUUUCUCCUAAUAAGACAAGACGGAAUGUGCUUCAAACUCAAGUUUCAUAAGCCUGGCAUGUCAAUAUGAAGAGUCUAACACUAUAGAGAAAUUUUCAUCACGGUGUUCUUAGCCAAAUUCCAGAGGUCCAACACUAUCCUGUUAUCAUUUCAGAACUCUUUCAAAUUAAUUAAUCAUCAUGACAAAUUAUCUAUAUUUUCUUACACUGAAUUGCUUCUUUUUGCAUAUAUUUCUUACCGUUAGUGGAAUAAAUAGUACAGUCAUAACUCACUCUAUUUCACAUCAUAAUGCUUUAACUCAUUUGCAAUAUCAAAAAUUC